ACAAAUGAAACGACAAUAAUCAUCAAAUUAGAAAUCACCAUCUCUUCUUGCUUGACUAAAUAAAUCAUGGCUAAGGGAAGAGGUGAUGCAAUGGUGGUAAUAAUGGUGAUAUGUCUACUAGUGAUGGCGCUGCAAUGCAAGGCAUAUGAAGUGUUAAGAGAUCAUAUCGUUGGUGGUAAAAGUGGUUGGAAUAUGAACUAUAAAGACGAAAAUUGGGUCGGUCAACCCGGUGACCGCACCUUCGGGGCUGGCGAAAGAUAUGUUUUUAAAUACCGAAAAGGAGAGCAUAAUGUUGUGGUAGUGAACAAGGAAGGGUUUGAUAAUUGCAAGACUACUCCGACCGACAAGGUUUACACAAGUGGAAAUGACUCAAUUACCCUCCAGCAUGGAGAUAACUACUUCAUUUGCAGUAUGAAGGGUCAUUGUCCUACGAUGAGGACCUCAAGGCAUGUACCAUGAAGAUUCAAACAUUUUCAUCCUGAAUUCAAAGUAACAAUAAUAAUAAUAUUAUAAAUACUAAUGAUAAUGAAUAAUCAAUAAAAUCUAUGUAUUUAUGCGUGUACUAAGAGUACCAUAUAUUUUAAAUAUUGUCAUAUGGAUUAUGGUA